AUGUCGCUCGGUCAAAACGCCUGGCCCCCUGGCAAUAUUCGUCCCCCUGAUGAUCACAAUGACUCACUGCGCCCUGUCAAUGGCUUGGUGAAGACGUUGUCGGGGUCGCGAACUCCCCAAAUACGCGGUUCUGUCAGCGCCGAGGGACCGAACCCGGGUAGUAUGAGAUCUGAGCCCGACACCGCGGUCGAGGAAGACCCGCGCAUAGCUCAAUUUCGCGAAUUGUUUCGGCGCAGUGAUGCUAAAAUCAAUGCGCUUUUUUCUAACUCCUAUUCUGCCGAUGAUUUCCCCGGCGCCGUGGUCGCGGAGCUCGAGCCGCCCGAGUCUAAAGCUGAACGCGUCGAUGCGCCGGAACCUACCUCGACGGCACCCACAAAAUCCACUCGCAAAAUGGACGACGACUACGAUGAUUACGAUGAGGACGACGACGUGGAUAUGGCUGAUUCAGUUGAAUCGACUCUAAAAGCUAAAUCGGUACCCCCUUCGCAGGACCCUAGUGCCACCACCCCACCAGUCCAACGUCCCGGUACCUCUGCUUCCAACAGUGCGGAUGGGACCAAAGACUCAAAAAAGGAAACAUUGGAAGAUAUUCGGAAGCAACUCGAAGAGGACAAAAAAGCCACGGAAGAAGCUGUCAAGCGGAGCUUCCAUACCAUGUUUUACACCCUUGAAAAUGACCGAGAUGCCAUGCUAGAUCAACAACGAUUGGAAGAGUCAGAACGUCAGGUAGAGGCAGAGAUCUCUGGCCAAUCCCACUCCGGUGGUAACAACCCCACCAGCGGCUCGAACGGCUACAGCACACUCAGUAACACUAACCUUGGAGCCUCAAGCCUGACCUUGAAAAACCUCAUUGCACGAAUUGACAAGAAGCGUGAUAUGGUCCAAGCUUCCGAUGCCGAGCUUCGAAGUCUUUUAAGUGAGGUUCGCAAAAAUCGCAGCAAGUGGGCUAGCGAAGACAAGAUUGGACAGGAGGAACUCUAUGAAGCUGCUGAAAAGGUGCUAAGCGAACUGAAGGCCAUGACUGAGCACUCGUCUGCCUUCCUCACCAGGGUCAACCGGCGUGAUGCCCCUGAUUAUCACACAAUCAUUCGACAGCCAAUGGACCUCGGAUCAAUGACCAAGAAGCUCAAGGGUCUACAAUAUCGCUCGAAGCAGGAUUUUGUGGAUGACCUAAACCUCAUUUGGGCCAAUUGUCUAAGGUACAACACUAAUCUGGAACAUCCGUUACGCAAACACGCUCUGUACAUGCGGAAGGAGACCGAGAAACUUGUUCCACUCAUUCCGGAAAUCGUGAUUCGGGAUCGAGCCGAAGUCGAAGCUGAAGAGAGGCGAAUACAAAUGGCAGAGCUUGAUGGCGCCGAGGAAAGCGACGAUGAGCCUAUCAUGUCCUCGCGGGGAAGGAAAGCCCCGGGUAAAAAGUCUGCCAAGGGCACUGCCCCCGCUCGCCAAACCCCCAGUGGUUCUGAAGGUCCCCCAGGUGUUUCAACCAGUCAGCCUCCAGUGGCUGCUCGUUCAGAUUCAGAUACCGCGAUGGAGGCAAGUCAAAAUGGGUUCACUACACCCCCUCCUGGAUCGAAUACCCCCUCGGACCCUCUAGGACCGGCAGCAGGUGCUGCAACCAGCCAAGAUGACGAAGCAAUGGAUAUUGACGGACCAACUACAUUGACCACUGCGUUGAGUGCCCUGUCAGUGCCUGGGGUGGACUUGGAGGAUGUUGAAUUCAAGGUAUGGAGGCAAUUGACAAAGAAGGACCGGGCACUUAUCGCUGCGGAGCGACAUCGUUUGCUCAAGGGCGACAAGCUCAAUCUCGAUGAGCCAGCCCUGCUUCGAACAAAAGCCGGCAUGCGUCGAUGGCUUCGACACGACAAGCAAGCAGCCUUUGAGGGUGGCAAGACCGACAAUACUAGUUCCCACGCAAUGGAGCCAGCUAGUGAGACUCUGGCGGAGGGCAUUGAAGGCGAAGAAGAAAGAAUGAUUCCGUAUUACUACGAUGUCAUGAACGGUAUUCCCGAUCUACCAGAGCGCCUCCUUUGGAAGGAAGACGCGGAAGGAAACGUCGUCGAUGCCUCGGAGGAAUUUCUCAGAAUGCUCCCGCAGGGUUCUUUCAAGCAACCCGAGAGCAAGCUAACUCGCAAGCUGGAUUCGAACAUGCGACAGUUGCAGGAAACCCGCAAGAUUUGCUCGAAAAUUGGCAUCGUGAAGCAGAUGCAGCUCCAAUCUCAGAUGUAUCAAAACCAAUUCCAGAAGUACCAGCCUGAGCCUUUCGUGGAGCAGGACGUUUCGCCCCAUGUCAUGAAUGACAGCGGUCCAGUUAUUGCACCAGGAACUUGCCGUGCAGCCCUGCAGCGCUCUGUCGCGAAAAUCUUCUACCACACUGGGUUCGAAGAGUACCAGCCAUCGGCUCUGGAGGUGGUCACAGAUAUCGCCUCUGAUUUCUUCCAAAAGAUUGGCCGGACAGUCAAGUCCUACAUGGAAGCUCCCAAAGUCCCGACGACCGAGUUUCUGGAAUCUGCAACGUCUGCGGUGGAGUGGAAACGCGCCUACACAGAGCCAGAGGUUGUCCUCCAUACACUCUCGGCCGUUGGUAUCGAUAUCGAAGAGCUCGAGUCUUACAUCAAAGACGAUGUUGAGCGGCUCGGAACAAAACUGACUACAGCCCAUGAUCGCCUCAAGUAUCUGCUCACUGAGCUUCUCCGACCUGCACUUGCAGAAGGUGGUGAGGAUGGCUCUAACGCCUUUGCCGAUGGCAGUGAGCAGUUUGUUGGGGGUGAUUUCGCAGAGGAUAUCGACGAAGAUUUCUUUGGAUUCAAGGAAUUAGGCUUGGACCGCGAGUUUGGCCUCGCUUCUCUCAGCGUGCCGCUCCACUUGCUGCAAAACAGGAUGUAUAGCGCGGCAAACCCACAGAGCACCAGUGCUGCUCAAUCUGUGGAUGUCUUCCAGCAACCACCUCCGUACUCUCGAAUCUCCGUCGAGACUUUGCCUAACCAGAUUGGAUUGGUACGAACAUUCUUCAAAGGUAAAUUGGACGCCAAUCGCGAUGAGCCUCUUGUGGAAGAUCUUGAACUUCCACCUAAACAAAGACCCAUGGCUAUCAAACCACGUCUUCCGGCAUCUGGUAAGAUCCCAUCGCUGCCUGGCGUAGCAGGACCUACAUCGACCCCCCAGAAACGCCCUGCUCCAUCGAACACUGCGGCAUUGAAAUCAGGAACUACAGAGCCAAACAAGAAAAAAUCCAAGAAGACCAACGGCUUGGUAAAUGAAAUUUCCAAUUUUAAUAUUGAUGGAGAUGCCGAGCAGCCCGUCGACGGCACGCUCGACGCUCAUCCCAAUCCUGAUGCCGCGGCUGAUUCCCAACAAGACCACGUCAAUGGCACCAUGACAAACGGGACUACAGCCUAA